AGAGCUUUCUGUGAUCCAGACCAGGAUGCAGCAUCAGUUCACAAACAACCUUCAAAAGCCAGAGACCCUGACAAAGCAAGAAAAACUUCAAACAGUUGAGUCAGAAAUCAAUCACUGAGUAUAUUUCAAAGAGGUCAGUUGCAGCCCCUUCAGACCAUAAACCAACAGGGCUGACUUCACGGUGGAAUAAUUUAGUGAGAUGUGCACACAGGAUGCACAUAAGGUAUAAAAAAGAGAUGUUUUUAUUAUUGUACAUAUCUACAGUUCAUUGCUCUUUUUUUGCAUGCCAGGUGGAAAGCGUGGUGUUGGAGAUGCAGGACCCCAAAAGUGGAGUGAAAUCUCAGACCCAAAGUCUGAAGGCCAGCUUUCCACUAAAAAGGGGAAGAUAUUGUUGCAUGGAUUGUGAAUCGAUUCAGAAUAGAUGCUACAGAAGCCCGAGUUAUGGGGACAUGAUGGUGGCUUUCAGGUACAUCUAUCCACUACAAGAUCAUAAGAGACUCAUUCUUAAACCAGACACAUCCCUGUAUCGCUUUCAGACCCCAUGUUUUUGGCCUGCGCAGCAGUGGCCAGUGGAAGCCACAGACUAUGCUAUUUAUUUGGCAAAGAGAAAUAUAUGCAAGAAAGGGAUGUUGGAGCUCUAUGAACAGGAACAGUACAACAAUCUUUACAAAUGGAUGAAUCACAAGUGGGAUUUUAUUGUAAUGCAGGCUAAAGAGCAGUUCAAGGCAGGUAAGGAGAGGAAGAAGCCAGAACGGGUGGUUUUUGACUGUCAGGAGCGGGCCUACUGGGUUGUACAUCGGCCACCGGAUGGUCGAUGCCAAUAUGGAGGAGGUAAAGAUUUGAUUCCUAAACUUAUCUGUGGACACACACAACAAGAAUCAGCAAAUGACUUCAAAAUGAACGCACACAUUAAAUGGAUCAUAAAAUUGCUCUGCCGCUUCACAGCACCUUUUCCUCAUCUGGCCGUGUAUACAGGCGUUUGUGAAGGGCAGUCCACUUCCUCCCCAGGGCUCAUGACACUGCCCAACAGUGCUGUCUGCCUGUCUCUCAUCAGCGUCGCCAAUGACAGCACUCCAGCCUCUGAGAGGAGGUUUGAUGGCAAUGGAUGGCCUUCCUCCUCCCAUUUCCCAUCUAUUGCAGAGGAGUCAGUAUCAGAGGAAGAGAACCAGCCACCUGCCCUAAAGUCACUGAGCAGACUCCUCCGCAGAGGAUGCAAUGCCCCGUCUGUCUUUGCCAGCCUAUCCCCGAAAUGUGCUGUGGCUUUAGGAGGAGGUAAAGUACAGCCGCCUGGAGUCGAGUCGCUUGCACAACCUCAGCCCAGAAGAAUUGCAAACUUUUUUCAAAUCAAAGUUGACAUCCCACCUGAAUGCCGCAUCUACCCCAUUGAUUCAGAAGAUGAGGAAGAUGACAGUCCUAAUGUAGCAAGAGGAGGUGUGAAAGAAAUAAUUUGUUCAUGGGAAUCUGUCACCAAGAAAGAUGGAGCUGGAUAGAAGAGUCAUAGACGAGUCAGUAGAGAGAAGGGAAAUACACUGAACAACACUUGUGUCAUAAAUAUUUUGUCUUACAACCCCGAGAAUGCUGUGGUACUAAUGUAAGAGGUUUUAGGGAGUGCUUACAUGUUAUUGUAACCAAUGAUUUGGUUAUAAAAUGUUUAAAUGUUGGUUUUAUAUACAUAAAUUUGGAUUCUGAGGUCACUGUUAUUUUAUGAUUGAAGGGGCCUUAUUUUAAGUGAUUUUUCAUCCGUUUAUUUAGUGGUACGGACAAAAGAUUUUCUACUUGGCUUGUUCACUGUUUUAUAUAGCUGCAAAACAUUCAUAAAUGUGAAUUGCUUUAAUCAAUUUAAUUUUGUAGCAGUAAUUCUAGUGAGGCAGUAAAGCAGAAUGUGGAUACACAUUUGCUGUCUGAAUAACCUUUAAAAUGUUUACAGUUCACUUCAGAAUAUGAAUUUGUUCAUGACUCAUGUUUAAACUGUG